AUGCCGGGCUGCCGUCAGUGGCCGCUGGAAGCAGAUAUUGGAUUCAGAAUACAGUGGCUCAUACCUGGCUGUAUGUUUGCCAGAAUCCCUCAGAAGUUUACCGCCCCUUUCGGAAUACUGGGCGAUGAAGCGAAGCUGGCUUUCCCUAGCCAACCUAAUGGAAUCGUAAAGCUAUGGUCUGUUAGGAACAUACCGGCCACAGAUGCAUACUGGGAGCAAUACUUUAUCCUAUUCGACUCCGCAUCUGAGGUCUUCUCUCUCAUAACUCCGAAUCACAUACGCCGCGCUCUCGCCGACGCACCUGAGAAUGUGACUACACUUAUUCAGGUCGUUUCUGCUCGCCUCUUCAACUCCAUAUCAGAUCAUACAUUUCCAUCAGCACCCAAUGGUUCAGUAGCAGCAUAUGCUUCAUCUCUCAUCAAAUCUGCUGGUGUAUCACAACAAAAAACGGCCACCGAUCAAGUCCUCAACUGCUUGCGUGUCUUGCAACGUGUUCUUCCUGUUGUAUUCGAGGCAGAAGGGGAUUCCGAUUCGUUCGAAAUCGAGGUUCUUUGGAAGAAGGAAGAAGUUGUCGACUCUGCCGUUAACGAUGUCGGGACCGCUGAACCCCAAUUUGUGAUAGAGGAUGAAGAUGGAAGCGACCGAGAAGAAGAGAAAGUCCCCCAAACACCGACCAAGAAAGCACCGAAAAAGCUACUACCCUCUCUUGGAGAGAGGCUCCUCAAUGCGAUAACGGAUCUUAUGUUUUGUUGUGGAUUUACACUACCUAAAUCUAUUCAAGUUGACCAUCACAAGAUUAACUAUGUUAUAUGGGAGAAAGGUAUUGGCUCUGCAAAUUCAUUGGGUAAUACAACAAUGUACGACAGCAACAAGACAGAAGUUCUACGAUUGCUUCUUGUAUUGCUGUCAAGGCAAAUCUAUUUACCAGCUGCUUCCCUUUUCACUCAUCCCGCCCUUCCUUCAUUGCACAUUGUCGAAAAGAUGCCUCGCCGCGACGUACUUACGAUAUUAUGUUCUCUGUUGAACACAGCGAUGAAUUCAAGCACGACAGACACCAUCACCAUUGGGACCAUAGCUGGAAAGCUACCAUACAAUCACCUCGUUUUCAAAGGGGAGGAUCCAAGGACCACUUUGAUUACAACGUCCUUACAAGUUCUAUGUGUAUUGCUUGAUUUUCAAAGCGGGCCCGCCAGGGAUCAACUCUUAGAUGGACAGAAUUCUUCCCCAACCGCCAAAACAAACACAUUUAGAUAUUUUAUCAUGAAGUUGCAUCGUACGCAAGAUUUUGAAUAUCUUCUUGAUGGAAUCAUUGGGAUCAUGGAGCAGCAAAUAGCCACAGUCAAAAAUCUGUUACCCGGAGCUAAGAAGUCCUUGCCGUACGUGACGGAAGCUAUCGUCCUCUUCUGGAAACUGAUCGAAAUUAAUAAGAAAUUCCGCACUUUCGUUUUGGAAUCAGAAAAAUCAGUUGACCUAAUUGCAUAUCUACUGUUCUAUUGCGUCGAAAUUAAAGAUAAACCUCAACAACAUGGAGUGUGCCGUGCCAUAUCUUACAUCGUGCAAACAUUAUCUGCCGAGUCGGCCUUUGGAUCUCAGCUCAGUAAACCUAUUAAGGCACAAAUUCCGACAAAAUGGGGGCCAGUAGAUACAAUAGCCGACUUCAUGAUUCAUGCCGUUUAUGCAAUCGUUGCAACGACUUCUGGUAGCUUAACGUCGCUUUAUCCGGCACUCAUUAUAGCGUUGUCAAAUGCUGCCCCCUAUUUCAAACAUAUUGGUGUAUCUGCUUCUGCACGGCUCCUACAGUUGUUCAAUUCUUUUUCCAACCCUUUGUUCCUGUUAUCAGACGAAGGUCAUCCUCGAUUACUCUUCUUCAUGUUGGAGGUUUUCAGUUCAAUAAUCUUUUAUCACCCCGCAGAAAAUUCGAACAUCACUUAUGGAAUCCUGCAGUCGCGCAAGAUAUUUGAGGAUCUAGGAACUUUUACUCUUGCCAGGGGACUUCGCGAAGUGAAACGUGCCCAGCUCGCGAAGGAGGAACUCGCAAAUAAAUCGUCUAGUUUGAAAGGAAAAAUUCCAGUGGAAGAGGGCGAGAUAGCGGAUGCCGGUGCUGAAAAGGCCAGAUUACUACACAACGAAGGUGUUCGUAGCGACUCACAGGAACGCGAACGGGAAAGCGUCACAAGUCCUCGGGGCUCUCAAGGAGACGAACCUAUGACUCGUUCAUUCAUGUCGCCGACCUCAGACAACCCCUACGCGUCGGAAUCACCCAUAUCGGAGAAGGCAAGGGGUAAAAUGAGGGAAAGGCGUUCCAUGUCUGUUGAAAACAUCGCUGCGCUAGAUCGGGUUCCUCUUCCAAUUGGGCGCAGUGGAUUUGUGCCCACACAAGAAUGGGUUACAUCAUGGCAACAAGGACUUCCUUUGGAUACCGUCAUGCUUUUUAUCUCUGAUGUCGUGCAAAAGGUUGAAGACAUGCAACGACACAGAACGGUGCCUUCUGCUGAUGUACUUAAAUUCCUAUCCAACGUGAAUCUGGAUCACAUUUUCCCCACCAAGCCACCCAUUUCCUCUCGUCGCUUCUUGUGGUCGGAUGCGUCGUUAAUAUGGGUCACCUCGCUGAUAUGGGGUGAAAUAUACGUCCACGCAAUGUCACCUCUUGGUAUUUGGAAUGCCACCAAUGUUCGACUUUUCCUUGUCAAACAUACUCAGAACCAACAACGUCAAAUCACAGAGACCGUUACUAACGUUGUGGGAGGCUUCUUGAGGAGGACAACCGACUCGGCGCAAGGCCGUCAGCGCUGUAUGCGAAACUUUCAAACAAUCAAUGACCUUAUUGUGACGCCUCCUCAGGAUAUUGCAAAGCGUUGUAAAGCUUCUCCCAUCGAAAUCAAGAGAAUUGUUGAUGCCGUGCUUGGUUCAUUACCAUUACAUUCAUUUGACCGGCUCUCAAACCUGAGCUUAUGGGAUGAUGCAGACGAAAAGUUUUCAACAGGUGAUGCCAUUCUUGACAAUGCCCUUGGGGGAGGAAUCCGGACUGGAAUGUUAUGGGAGAUUGUAGGAGAGAGUUCUGCCGGCAAAACUCAAUUGGCACUACAGCUUUCACUAUUUAUUCAAGCGCCUCCCAAACAUGGAGGGCUGUUGGCUUCAUGUUGCUAUCUGACGACAUCCGCGAAAUUACCUACACGAAGACUAUAUGACAUGGUCAACUCUGACGACCCGAUUCUUUCCUCCUUCUGUGGCUUGGACGAUGUGCAUACAAUGUUGGUUCCGACCGUCCCAACUUUGCACCAAAUUCUGGAAAAUAUUUUGCCCAAAUUUGUGGAAAGUCAAGCUUCAAAGCCAGGAGCGAAACCAGUCAAACUUUUGGUCAUAGAUGCUUUGGGGGAAUUGUUUCACUCCAACAACAAGACGACAUCGGCCACACUUAUAGAACGGUCCAAAGAUAUUACCAUCAUAUCCACAAGCCUCCACACACUCGCAAGCACUUACAACUUAGCCGUUGUUGUUUUAAACGAAGUUAUAGACAAAUUCGACCACGUUAACAGUGAUCCUAAUGAUCACACGGGUAUCCUUUACAGCACGCAGUCUCGAUGGUUCAACACUGCUGAAUUCUUUGGUGAACGCACCAAAGAAUCUAGUCUUGGUCUCACUUGGGCGAACCAAAUCAAUACCAGAAUUAUGCUUGCGCGCACAGGAAGGCGCAAGUAUUUUGAUGCGCAAGAUUUACCUAAGCGUCGCCGCAUACACAAUACAUCUCCAGACACAGAUCCCUCACAGCAGUCUUCUUUCAAUAAUCAGGAAGAACAACAGUCAAUCUCUCUUCGGCGCCUUGCCGUUAUCUUCAGUAAUGUUGCCUCUCCAGUUGCGUUGGAUUAUAUCAUAACGUCGAGAGGCAUCACUGUCCUGGAAUCUGAAGUUGAACCUUCUGCAACAUUUCAAGCAAAUAUCACCAAAAAUAAUGACACUGCUAGAAACUCUCAAGCACAAUCAUCCAGUAAGGAAACUAUGCAUUAUCCUAGUAACAUAGAUUCCAGAGAACAAGAUAAUGACGACGCGCUUUGGGCAAACUACGACGAUUACGACUACGACGCCAUGGAGCAAACACUUAGCCAACUUGGCCAAUAA